AGUUCGAGAUUUGUCAUUGUCAAUGUUGAUCUUUAAAGAAAAAAUCGAGUUCAAUCGAGUUGUUUCUCAUAUAAGAGUACGAUAGUUUUUGUUUCUUCUAUGGUUUCUGCGUUUUGUUUGACUUUAUUUAGUUAUUAAAUUGGUGAUAGCAAUAAUCCACGUCUCUGGUGUAGUGAAAUACCUAACUAAAAUUUUCUUAGAGCUUCGCUUUAGGAAUACUUGCCUUUUUUGAAAAGGAGAUGGAGUCUCAACCAGAUACAUUUAAUGAGUCUGUGUCAACGAUCUUAGAGCGCAAAGUUCGUGGCUGGCUGAGUGGAGUAAUUGAUGACAUGCGACGCAGCAGCCCAGUGCAACAAUGGCUAGACUCUCUACCGGCCGAAUCUGAAAUAGAAAACCAAAAUGGAGUGGAAUCAUUGAACAAUGAUAACCAAGAUGAACAGAAUACUAUAUCCAAGGACUCUGAUACAAAGUCUAAUGAGAAUAAAGCUGAAGAAUCAAUUACGGAGAAUACUGUGAUUGAAACUAACCAUGAGAACAUAAAAGACACUAAUGAUGAAGUUUUCCAUGGUGAGAAGUGUUUAGAUAUUCCAGAAUGCAGAGAGGUAGGAAAAAGAAAGUCUUUAGAAAACCCUGCUCUGAUAAGUACCCUAAAAAAUAGGAAUGUGAAGAAGAAGCUUCAAAGAGACCAGUCUAUUCAAUCAGAGGGCUAUGCACCAAAAUUUAAGAAUCCAUUAUUUAGAGAUCAUUCACUACAGUCUGAUGGCAGUGGAUCAAGUGGAAGCUCAGUUUUAAAUGUAUUAGGAGCUAGAAAAGUUGAUGCUGAAUCUGUCCUUCUUGGUCUAGGAUUUGGGCCAAGUGAAAAACAACAGAAAUUACAAAGGAUCCCAGAUAGAUUCCUCAUACCAUCAAAACUUAAAGGAAUAAGCACAGAACAAUUCAUUAAAAAUGAGCAGCAUUCAAUGCGCAUGCACGAUUGUGGAAUCUCUGGAUAUAGAGGCCUUACAGGGAAUCCUCAUGUUCCACCGUCGACAAUUGUAGCUAAGAUAAUGGAGUGUAUCCUUCAAGACGACGUGUGUCGUGAAGAGGCGUUGAUGAAGGCGCGCCAUUCCAUCGCCGACAUGCGCAGCUCAGCCGCCAUUCACGCGCACCUGGCUGCACGGUUACGAAGUACUUAAUUUUUUCAAUAAUACCCUCCAAAAUUCUGACCAAUGUUUAUAUUUAAUUUACAGUUUUAGAUACCGACACAUUUAUAUUUAUAUGUACACACUUUUAAUUAAUGCUGUAUUUUAGAAUUAGAUUUUAAGGUUAAAGAUCUUCCUAUUGUUUUUUUAAUAAUACCCUCCAAAAUUCUGA